AUACUAGGUUGGAGCACAGCGCAGACAGGAACAGCUGAAAAAGAAAAACAAAUCCACGACGACGACGGUACGAACGACAGAUGUUCGUCUGAAAUAUCGGUGACAUCAUCGCUGGUGGGAACAUUUUGUGCCACUGAAACAAAUUUGAAAAGUUCAGUCACUCCCAGAGGUUUGACCAUGGGGCGCAUCUUCUUGGACCACAUUGGCGGAACACGCCUCUUCUCCUGUGCCAACUGUGACACCAUCUUGACUAACAGGUCUGAGCUCAUCUCAACACGUUUCACUGGAGCCACAGGCAGAGCUUUCCUCUUCAACAAGGUGGUGAACCUCCAGUAUAGCGAGGUGCAGGACAGAGUGAUGCUCACCGGGAGACACAUGGUGAGGGAUGUCAGUUGCAAGAACUGCAACAGCAAGCUGGGUUGGAUCUACGAGUUUGCCACUGAGGACAGUCAGCGGUACAAGGAGGGACGUGUCAUCCUGGAGCGGGCACUGGUCAGGGAGAGUGAGGGCUUUGAGGAGCAUGUCCCCUCAGACAACUCAUGAGUCCCUAACCUUGGAUUAACUUGUGUGGAGAGCUCACUCCCGUGUCCUCCUCUCCCUUUCCUAGACCCCCUUGCCUAUGUGCUGCGCACCACCACUUGCUGAUGUAGUGGUCAGUGAAGUUUUGGCUUCACCCCCUUCUUCCCUGUCUCUGGCCUGUGACCUUAGACCUCUGCUCAUUAAAAGAUUGGUUUGCUAGCUCUAUUCUUAGUGAAUAGGUGUUCCCAAAAUGCUUCCCGAUUUAUGUGUCACACCCCAAAACAGCUGGAGACACAAAUAGGGAGUUGUAACUUCACUUCUUCGUACACGAUCACAGAAUUUUCAUUGUCUCUGCAAGGCAUGCUCCACACUUUUCCAUAUGGUAAUUAAACACCUGCAUGAUAAAUAGACAUGGUCAGUCACAUAAAAAAAACAUCAGUGCGUGUUUUUUUGUUUAUUUAGAUAACUGAAGGCAGUAGAGCUGAGUUUGUUCAUCAUUCAGAUGUGGGCAAAGCAACCAGCCCACUCUGCACAGCAAUGUUAAAUGAACCAAUGGAGGUGUCACUCUACGUAUUGCUUUAAUGGAGCUUGUGCUUCUGUGUCGUCAAAUUUGUCUCAAUGUAUUUGUCACUGGUGAGCACUGAAUGCAAUUAAGACCACGAUAGUUGUUAUAUUCUAUAUCAGUUACCUUUUAUUGGUGGUAGUGAAAUUAAUGUAAUAGUGUUUGAAAUCCAUGUACUCAUUCUAAUGACACCGUAAGGACUGCACAGAUUGAUGUCAUAUUUAAGUAUUUAUUGUUAUGUUUGACGAUGAUAGUUUUUAUUUAGAUCUGGCUCACAUGAUGUGCAUUUAUUUUGACUGACACGACAUUCUUAAGGUGUACACAAAAGUGUCCAAUUCUUGCAGUUCAUAGUGUGGAAGUAAUCUCUUGUACAGUAGACAAUUGUACAGUUGAUCCUACAAUUUAAUUCAAUUCUACCACUCUCCAUCUCUCACAAUGGAUUCUGUGCCUGUGUGGUGUGCCAUGUAAAGAGCAACAUGUCACUUUGGUGACUUAUGAGGAGCAUGUACCUUGCAGCCAUGUGUCUUCAGUUUGACAGAGGAGUAAUGUGUCUGAGAUGUGAUGAAGGCACUCUCUGGUUGCCUGCUGGCUUAAGGACAGGAUUAUGAGAGGAUGGGGCAUGCAAGCGUUUGAAAGUAGCCAGCACUGGGAGAUAAGCUUACAGAUAACCUCUGGAAAAACAACCUACAGCAAACAUUCACUUACCAGUUAAGACAUUAUAAUGCGGACAUCUGAACUACUUUCGGGAUAGGGAUGACCCAUCCUCUUUUUUUAAUCCUAGACUUUGGGGCACAUUUGGUCAUAAGAUGACUUGUUUCUUACAACUCAUAGCCAAGCAAAGCUUUAAUGGAGUAUUAGUCUUUAAAGUUGAGCCUUUGUCCUCUGACUAUGCCAGAGCCUCCAUUUUAUAUCAUCAGUGUCUUGUGAAGAUUUCAAUCAAAAUGUCAAAUCUUAAAAAAAAAUCUCAUUGACAUUUGAGGUUAUUUUUGGAGUGGGUUGUUACACAGCAUCAUGGCCCUGGUGUAACAUAGUGCCAUUUCAGAAUGUGCAUGCCUGCGGGCUUUAACAGAAUGGUCCAGCCUUCACAUGUGACAGUUAAUGUUUUUUGCUGUCCUUUACAAGGUGAUGCAAUAAAGGGCAACUGAACAAUUGCUAAAUUAAAUAGAAAUAGUUUAUACAGGACACUGACUCCAUCCAUAUACCCAAGUCAGUGCAGUUUAAGUCAAUGGCCGUGACAGAAUAUUAUAAUUUUUUGUUGUUCACUUUUACCAUUUUAUUGAUAGGCCAUUGUUUUUAUUUGCUUUACUUGAUAUUAUUUUAUUGUCUGACACAUUUAUCAUAUUGUAUAUUUCCCAGGUUGUAGUUUUUAACAAAAAAAAAAAGUUUUCUUGUAUGGCUAUAGUAAAGUUUUCUGAUGUGAUUUUUAAAUAAACAUGUGGUCUUGA